AUGCCCCUAGUUGCUGCAGGGGAACUGUCUGAUGACACUCUGCUGACAAUUGAAAUAACCGUUGCUAAUGACGUCAACAUUGGUGAAGCGAUCGAGAGUGACAUCGUUUAUGGCAUUUCAGAUGAAACCAAUCUCAUUGGAAUUGAAAUGUACUACAGUUCUUAAAAAUGAAACCUUCUUGAGGAGAAAAAAGCAAGUCUUGAUAAAUAAAUUAUUCAUUAAUUGUGGUGUCAAGAGUGGUGGCAGAUUUUUUACAUAUAAAUGGGAAUUUCGAACAAGGUGAGGGUAACCUUGAUUGCAUGGGACAACGAAACACAAUGGUUAUUUGCUGAAUAAAGAAAAUAGCAGUGAAAUCUCUUAAGUGACUCUUCCUAUGGAUCUUUGUGUUCCUACUCAGGUCAAAGACACGUUCAACUCAAAACAGUUCAUUACAGCUAUUAUCUUAUGACUGUAGUGUUUCAAAUCUCGUCAUUAUCUUUAGUGAGUCUUGGGAAACCCGAUACUUCAUCUCAACCAAUCAGAUUCAACCUUCCUCCAAUCGGACUGGGUCACUCACGUUUUCCCGCGCUUUUGGUAGUGUGCUUAUAUCCUCUACGAGCUCUCAUUGGGGACCCUGUGGUAUUUCAUUCUGGCUCGAGUGGCUGUUGUGUUUUGUUUUGUUCUUUUUUUUAAGGCUUUCGAUCUUUUUUUUUUUUUUUUUUUGACGCUCAAUGACAAGGUUUCCAUCCUCUGCUUAGAGGAUUAUCAAUCUUUUUUAAUGGAAAAACACUAAAUUUACGCGGACGGCCUCUCGUGGUAUUUGUUGGAAAAUGCACAGGUAGCAUAAGUUCGCAGAAUGAGCCUCCGUGAAUAUGCGUAUACGUUUACGUUGCGUGAUGGGCGAAAUGUAAGAAUUUGUAUGGAAAUAAACGAUGCCAGCACUUUCAACCUAAAAAUCUGAAUAAAAACAAACUUAUCUAGCUUAAGUAGUUGUUCCUUUACAUCAUAUCAGUUUUCUGAGCUAACUUAGGGCCAUUUAGAUCAGCUUUUGUUCAUCUACUUUUCCCUCUAUGUAAUCCUUUCCUGAGGUUAGACACUGUACAACGCCUGCCAAACGAAUGCACUGGAAACACAACACUGUAAAUUCACUUAGUUGAAGUAAAUGAAAUUGACUUCUUCCUCUGGAGUGCUUGAAAGCCUUUAAUUCAACAGCUCGAAGACAAAAAAGAAACCAAAUUUUCGGAGCAGAUGUUUCAUAUCAGUUGAGUAAUAGCGGAAAUUUGUGUGCAUUUCCUUUUAAUUACACCCACAUGGCAAGGAUCGAAGCGUGUUGAAUUUGACUAUAGCUUCAAGCCUACCCAUUGGUAAAUACAAUUAUAAGACUUGCCAGCUGUUUGUAAUGUGUGGUUGGGAAUUGUUCACAUCUUAAAUUUAUCAUCCAGAGAGUUUCCAGCCAUUCUUCAUAGGCAAGGUAAGGACUGUAAGGCUUCACGAUAUCAUUUGAAAGGAAAACUCUUACUCGUCCAACGUUAUCAACAGUCAAAAUCAAGGUAAUUUGGUAUUAUCAGCUGAAUUGAUUACGUAAAUUGGCCACCGUAAAGAGUUUCAAAGCUUACUUUACGAGCGCUAACCCUUCGUAGAGUGAACGACUAAGAGCUAACGCUAGAAACGUCGGCUUUGAAACUCUUUACAGUGGCCAAUUUACGCUAUCAACUCAUUUAAUAAAACCAAAUUACCUUGCUAUACUCUCCCACCGACGCAGCACCACAGUUUCUUUAGAAACUUUCCCUCUUUACUGAAACCAAGCUAUUACCCAUAGAAGUCUAAGAGGCCGAUUAAAAAACCGUGAAAUUUACAGUUACUUGGCUGGUACCAAUAGAAAUCACCUCCCAUUUUCCCUUUUUCCCAUCUUUUUCUUUAUUUAGUUCUUUUACGCUGCAAAAUGUCAUUUGCUUUGCUGGCGAGGGAAGGGAAUUUUUCUGAAACCUCUGUUUCCGUUGUGAGAGUAAUCACCUCGCUGGAUAAAAAUUGAGACCACAUGACAGGCGAAUUGAGAAUUCUUCAAACUGUUAAAUGCAAAUUUCUCAGAUAAAAAUUUCCCGUCAUUCUGCAUGUUGAUUCAGUUUUGUCUUCUCGUCAUGUAUGUUGUCAUUUUGCAAUAAUGGAUGGAACACCCAAGCCCUAAUGUAAAGCAAGUGGCCUUCAUGCCAAACAAAUUCUCACCUACCGCUGGGAAGCGGCAAAUGAAGUGCAGUUGUAUAUCGUAUCAGUGUGAUAUGAGUUGCCUGUUAAGUUGAUUUGAUUUAGUAAAAGUUCUGUCUCAGUCCAGUAUGCAUAAAUACGGAGAACGUUCAAAUUAUUUAGAGCGAUAUAAAGAUUAGAGAGCAUAAUUUUAUUCAUUUACAGCUGAGUCUGUUAGGAAAAGCUGUCAUCCUAAGAUGCCAGAACAACCUGGAAAGCUGAAAACAGCUGCUGUGAAUUCGAUUGUUUUAGUAAAGAACAACGCUUGUCAGGUUUUUCCAUGUAAACAGAAAUAGUUCGUUAUCCAGUUCUGGUGAAGCGGGCAACUGUGAAAAUUAAGACUACAUCGUUCUUCCAUAAGGCAAAUCCUCGAAGGUAAAUGCGUCCUAAAUGUUUCUUUUCUUUUCCGUUUUCGACUGAGUAAUUAGAGAACUAUUUGAAGCUAGAUAAUUAAUGAUUGGUAACUAGUCAAUCUAUGAUGUAAGUUUGAACAACAAAUCAUCUGGACUUAAAGCAGAAUUCUCAGUACUUCUAUGUGCUACGUGGGCUUGCUUGAAAUUUCAUCGACAACCUUUCUUGAGAACAAUCAGUCUUCUCCCCUUAUGCAAAAUUUCCUGAGGUAAGUUUAGCGCCGGUUUUCCAUGAAACUACAUCCCAGGAAAUUUUGAAUGGUGACACCUCUGCUUUGUAAACAGCCGACCUUCCCUUAAGGCUUGCAUCGCAACUGCAGUGCCUGCAAUACGAAUUGAAGGACACUCUUUGCGCAAAAGGACGGCUGCUAUACGGAACUUUUUUUUUUCUUUCUGCCAGAAAUCAUGUUCUGUUCGACUAAACCCGGAUUUUGUCGCUUUGGACUUUGAACGUCAUGUUUGGCAUGAGUAGAAAAUGAUAACUUAUCUCAAACUCGGUCCCUAAUUAAUUUUUUGAUGUUACGAAAACACUCGAUUCAACUGUUUUAAGAAAAAACAAAUACUUUGAUGGAAGAAACGACAGUUCAUAACCGUGGUUGUCAUUCAAACACAGCCUUUAAUAUGUCUAAAGUUAUGAUAAUUUUUCUAAGACCGCAUAAUUUUAAAAGCUAAGUUCGAGGCCUCACGUCCGCAUGAACACGAAAUUCUACGCCAAAAAAAAAGGAAGCAUUGAACAUAGUAUCUUCUAAAUCAAAAAGUUACUACUUUCUGAACUUAUUUUAACGACUAAGCUAAUUUAAAAUCAGGAGAGAAAAAAGAAGGCUGCUUUACAACGGAACAUUCAGUACAAGUGUACAGAGAUACGACAUUCUCCUAAGUAACUGUAGGUAGGAGAGUUUCUUUAUAAUUUCAAGUUAUGAAUAAGGAUGGAAAGGAAAAGCACAGAUACAAACGUGCGUCAUAGGACCUUCGUUUUAGAGGGAUUUUAUGCGUCGCUAAGUACUUUUAAUAUGCGAACUUUGAUGUACACGGAAUUGGGCUUGUUUACAGCCAAUUGCAAAAAAGCUUAUGCUGAGUAGUACGACCAACCGAGAAAAGACGCAAUAGUUAUGUUCUAAGUCUUUUAUUAGUACAGUUUGAAAUAAGAGAAAUUGAGUCAUAAAAAUGGAAAUUUUUUCACCAGCAAGGCUAAACCGUCUGAAUUUUCUUCUCUUGCAAUGACUGAUAUCUGUUCGAAGACUUUAGACCUUCAUGUUAGGGACUUAUCAUAAUUUAUCGACAUUGUAAUUUUUUCUUUUGGGGAGGUGGGGGGUUGGAGAUCACAUGGUUUAGAGGGGGGGAAUGGAAGGGGAUAAGUCGUCGUUAACAGAGUAUAAAGCGGGGACUACUUAGAAUUGACUGCCAAUUAACUGCCGAUAAGGGAAGGGGGGGUGGGGAGAUUAUGAGAAUAUUUACAAAGCCUUAUAAGAGUGUCUCAAUUAGUUAACCGUCAGCCGUUUGGCCUAAAAAUUUACAAAUUUUCACCCUUAGUCUGAAAAAAGUUAGCGGUAAGUUUUUUUUUUCUUUUAAUCACAAAGGAACAAAAUUAACUAUUAGCCAUAAAAUGACCAAAUGAUGGCGUUGGCCGUAAAGGCCAUCAUCCCUUUGAUACUCUGUUAUAGGGGAGAUCAGGUAGACACAAUAUUCACAGAAACAAAUUUGCAUAUCCAGACUUAAGUGGAAAUUAAAAACUGAUAAGAUAUCAAUUAUUGACGUAUUUCGUAAUGGUUACCAUGAAUAAAGUUUGAGUUCAUUAAAUGACAAGGAAGAAAGUUUCCGGUAAACACUUAAAAAUCCAUCUACAGAAUUGCGUUGUCAAUCCCUGAAGUGUUAUACAAGUCUUAAUAACUCCCCGGCAAUAUCAACGUUCAGUUUAUACUACACAAGUAAAUAACACAUUUUGCCCGUACUGAUUGGAAAUUUCGGAAGUGAUUACCAAGUACUGUUCACUUCUGAGAGGCCGAAGAGACAAAAUCACGCGUCGACAUAUUAACUUUCAAAUUGAUUUUUUGUACAUUGAUAAAAAGAAACUUUUUUUUUUCGGUUUCUGUGUGGUAUUUACUACUGUGUGUGCAUAUAAAUGCAACUCCACUUCGGAGAAUAACCGUCAACUGCUGAAACAAGAUAAACAAUAAAACAAUUUUAUCGCUUUUCGCCGUUGACACGAUCUCAGUCUCAAGCCUUCGUUUGAGUGCGAUGAAACGAUUUUUUUUUUGGUGUUUUUUUUUUCAGGUACCUUAGUGAAAUUAGCAAUGGUGGGCGUCCUGUGGUUUCUUGUCAUAUUAGUUGAUACAAGCAAGUCUCUAACAUGUAGUGAACCUGUGAGAUCUGUGACAGGAAAGUAUCUUAGAGGUCAUGUGACUUCAAAUUCAAGUACCAGUAGUGUUGGUGACUGUAUGCAGCAGUGCAUUAGUGUUCCGCAAUGUAAAAGCAUCAACUUCCGGUUUAAGGACUUAUUCUGUGAACUGAACGACGCUUGUAGAUAUACGCACCCAUGGGACUACAUUUCCAGAGAGGAACACGCGUACAGUGACAUCCAUCCUGAUAAGGUAUAAUUGGACAAAAGAAUUAUCUCCUUCAAAUGUGAUCUUCAUGAAUUUUAUGCUAAGUCUUGAAAAUGAAAUAUUCUGAUAAGUAAUCUUCAUUAAUCCGAUUUGUUGCAAACAGGAACCAUUUCGGAACCUGCACUUAAAUAUGACGCCUUCAUGGCUUCGAGCCCACGCUUCUUUCAUUUAUAGCAAUAGCUCUCAUUCCGCAACUGCUGAUCAGAUAACAUUCAACGCAGGCUCUUUAAAAAACGCGGCCCUUUUAAAAGUUGCUUUGGUGGCUGAUGGCCUGUUGACAGAAGGAACUCCGCUGACCGUUGAAAUUACUGUAGCAGUCAACGCAACUUAUGGGCAGACAGAUGACAGUGACCUCAGGCUCGGUGUAUCGGACGGAAGCAAAUUCAUCGGGUUUGAAAUACCAGAUAAAAGUAAUUACCAAGCCCUUGCUCCUUGUUAUGGAAUACAAGCGAAGUCUGGUAGCUCUCUGAGUAAAAUAAGAGUUAUAGCUAAGAAAGCUUCCAAUUCACAGCCAAGCUUCUACCCAGGAAUGUUUUUCCUCACAAUAAAGCCAGAUCAAAAACGAGGCUCUUGCCUCAUUACGCCUGCGCAUGACGGGAGCUUUAAUAAAACAGUUGAAUAUAGUGAGCAGUUGUUGGUCAGUCAAGGACUUGCUUUUGAAGUGUAUAAAUCGGACGAAAAAGAAAAAGCUGGUAUCAAAUAUGUCGAGGUCAGAAUAAGUAGAAACUGA